AUGGCUAACCCGCUGCCAGCAUCCUUUUCAUUGGUAUUGUUGCAGGAUUCCCAAUUCCUGGACCCUAUCGCGGGUCAGAUGUCAUAUGUCCUGGGUGUCUUCAUAUCCCUCAUCAUGUGGAGCUUCGGCCUGAUUUGGCUCGUAUUUGCCCUAGCCACAGUUCUAUACAGCUCUCCAUUUCCUUUCAAUAUGGACUGGCGGGGAUUUACAUUCCCGCUUGGGGUGUAUGCCGCAGACACUAUUGAAUUGGGCGUUGAAAUGGACAUCUUCAAAGUCCUCGGUACUACCUUAAGUGGCUUUGUUUUCCUAUUAGCAUGGCGUGAAACCCUGUUUUAUGCUCCGUGCUUACAAAAUCUGGCAUUGAAGGAGGAGGGGGCUGAGCGAGGUGGAGAUCAGCAUCAGCCUCUUGUCUUCGUUCAUGGCCUGAACCCAAGCGGUCGAAAUGAUCACCCUUUCCAGACAUGGACACACAGCAAUGGCAACUUUUGGCCAAGAGACUUCCUGGCAGAGGAUAUUCCGUAUGCGCGCGUCUUUGUCUAUGGAUACAAUUCAAAUAUCACCCAUCCACAGACCAUGUCCACCGCAAGCAUCAAGGACCACGCGAAUACCCUGUUGAAUUUAUUGGAUAUGGAACGUGGCCCCCAGACGGGCUCCGUUCUACCGAAAGUGAUAUUUAUCGGACAUAGCUUGGGGGGAUUAGUGAUCAAGCAGGCACUUCUCAAUGCCAAAGAAGAUCCCAAAUAUACUUCUAUUCGUUCGGCAACUUCUGGUCUCGUCUUCUUCGGGACACCUCAUCGUGGCGCGAAGGCUGUUGAGCUAGGGAAAAUUGCAGCCCGCGUUGCCCGCUUUGUCUCCAAAGGCCAUGCCAGCAAUGGCCUUCUAGACUGCCUGGAACACAAUUCGCUUUUUACUCGGCAAAUGACCGAUCGAUUUCGACACCAGCUAGAGGAUUACCGUGUUGUUAGCUUUAUUGAAGGGAAGGAGGUCCAGAUAGUGGGAGUUGGACCAGCAUCUAUCAGUCACCUUGUGGUUGACGAAGAGUCUGCUGUUCUUGGAUUAUCUGGUUUACGGGAAACUCAACUCAAGCUCGACGCAGAUCACUCCCAGAUGUGCAAGGUGGGCGUUCGGGGUCCUAUGUACCGUUUGAUAAAAGGAAAUAUCAAACAAUUGAUCGACCAGGCGCUUUUGUCGGAGCAAGGCUUUAUUCCACAAAUGCCUCCAAGUACAGCAUCAUCUUCACCGCCCGUGCCCCCACGCAUUCAUUCCAAUAGCAGCACGGCAUACCAGGUGCAGGGUCGCCCAUACCCGGCGGAAAGGGUGACAGGAGUGGUUUUCAAUGCUCUAGAUAACGACCCACGAUCUAUUCGCUCCGCAGAACUCAAGAAUCGGGCUCGAUGGGACGAAGCUCGAACUGUCGAAUAUGCGAUUUUCCAGGAGCAUUUGGGCAGCCUUGGUCCGGAUCAUUUUAGUACACUAUCAGUGGCAUACAACCUAGCCGAAGUGGAACUGGAGACUAGCUACUUGGACAAGGCAAAUGAAUGGUGUCAGUGGGUGUUCAAAAACGCCCAACGCGUCUUUGGGACAAAGCAUCCCUUGACAAUGAAAACGGAAAGUUUGACCGCAGAGGUCCUGUGUCAACAGGGCAAGUAUCAAGAGGCUGAGUCGGUCUGCGCCAACGUGUUAGCCCGUCAGCAAAUGUCUAUCGGUGAAGACCAUUUGGAUACCUGUGACACUCGGCGUCGACUAGGAAUUACCUACAAUGCGCUCGGCCGCCGGCAAAAUGCCGUGAUGACUGCAGAAAAGCUAACAGACACCCUGAAGCAUCUGCUUGGAGAAACCCAUAUUCGUGUCUUCGGCUCUGUGCUGGACGCUCUGGAAUAUAUUAUUAGUAACCAAUCCGGGGACGCAAGUACCCUAAUUGUUAUGCGUUUUCAACCCGAUGUCCAACGAGCGGUGGAGAUGUUGUUACAGGUCUACCAAGAGCUUCGGGCUGCAUUGGGCCAUGCACACCCAUCUACUAUUCGCGCUCUCUGUCUUCACGGCCAAGCACAAAGCUUUAUACAGCAAAGCAUGGAGGCCUCGGAGACCCUGCGACGGGCUUUGGCCAGUGCAGAAGAAGCGUUUGGACCCGAUCAUCCGCUAACAAUGGACAUCGUGGGUAACAUUGGCGUCAUGUAUGCUCUGCAAAAUGGCUAUGUUCAAGGUUUACUCACCAACAGUCGUGCCGUGGAAGCUUUCCCCUGGUUGAUACGAUAUCUGAACUGGGUUGAACAUCGCAAGGGCAAAGACAACCCCGAAACCCAAACCACAUUGGAGCUUCUGGGCAAUUUACACUUCAACGCUAAGGAGUACGAACCCGCCCAGAAGUACUAUGAGCGCCUCGUGGCGAAUUCGACCAGGACCGACUCCAAAGUGACUGAGCGCAUCAGCAGUCAACUUCAACUUUGUAGGGCGAAUACCAUGUACACCCGUCGGGGCCUAGGGUCGGGAAUAGGGGGGUUUUUGUCUAACUUGCAGCGAUAUUGA